AUGCUGUGGACACUCCAGCCGGGCUGUGUCCUCAGACAGAACGCAGAGAAGACAGAGCGGGUGGGGACCCCAGGUCUUGUGUCCUGCCAUCCUGAAGCUGGCGGCUUCACGUUCACCUGCCCUGAGCAGCCCUUCCUUUCCUACGGGCUCUGCGGCAAGAGCCCCAGCGGCACAGCAACAUCCAGAUCCACUACUAACAAGCUCGUCUUAGCGAGUUCCGGUGCUGCAUCUAAACUCGCAUCCCUCAGUAACAGAAACACUAGAAAUGAGAGAACCAGCCUCAGGGAGACAACCAGCCAUACAGUAACACUGGAGGCUGAUCCACAAAUCAAGGGAAAUGUUCUCCAGCCUCUGUCCCCAGUUUCAAAAAAUCAGGAAUAA